GUGCAAAUGCUUUUAAGUUAAAAGAAGAAUCUUUUCCCCUUUCAAAAAAAAAAAAAAAAAGAAGAAGAAUCUUUUCCUUGCACCACAUUGAUCGAGGCUUUCGAAUUUUAUAUACAGAAACAGAAGAGAGGGAAAUUAAGCUCCUUCUUAAGCAUUGCUAAGCUAGCGAGGGGCACAACACAAAUAUAUUUGAUGAGAUUCGCUUCGGAUUUAAAGCAUUGCCAAUGUAAUAAUAUAAUAAUUAAUAACAGGAAGAGAAGAGAGGAAUCACAUUUCCUUCCUUUCUUUGCUGCAUGCAGCCUUUAUUCUUUUCCCUCACUCUUAUUUAGUGGGAAUCACACUCUCCCAAGGAAGUUGAAAAAAGCACAACCGGCCACCAUCACCAUAUACGUAAAAUAAUCAAACAUGCACGUUCGUAAAACUAUUAUUAUUACGACAUACAUAUAAUUAACAUGCCCCCUAUAUUGAUAAGUCUCCAACUAUAUAAACAAAUUCAUUAUGUCUAUAUAUUUUUACCCUUUCUUUCUUAGGUAUUAAUUUUGAUUUUGUAUCGAAAUUAAUAUCUUUGGUUACAUCUCGAAUUGAAUCAAGGUAUUUGCUUCAAUGAUGUGUAUAUGUCUUUUCUACGAGCUUGCUUGUUUAACUACUUUCUAUGAUAUUCUUUGGAACGGAUUUGUUGAUAAAUGUAGGCAUUAUUCAUAUAUGAAAAGGUAUUUUAUCCACUAAGUGAAUACCUUCAAGUUUACGUCAAUCUUCAACCUUCAUCCUAAUUACCCAAACAAAUAUUGUAAUAUAACUCGAUCAAUAAUUGGUGUUUUGAGCCAAAUUUGAUUGCUUGGAAAAGAAACGGAAUCUCUCCCGCCGCAUAUUAGCAUCUCCCACCGCUGUAAAGCAGAAAUCGCCACUUGAUCUCGCGCUUUCCAACCUCCAACCGCACAAAGCAGAAGCGCCAAAGUAACGUUAAGCAGAAGUCGCCACUUGUUCCCGCGUUUUCCAAUAAAAUAAGACAAACAAAAGGAAACCCACGACCAACGAAACUUCUUCGGCGCCCGUCUCUGUCAGCUGCGAUCCUCUCUUCCCUACCAACAAUCGCUAUAUAAACCAAACCUUCCCCCCUUUCCUCAACAACUCACCCUCAGUCACUCUCGCUCACAGCUCAGAAGCUAAAUCUCUACUAAAUUCCGAAGAGCAAUUUCAACCAGAGCUCCGGCAGCCAUGGCCGACAAACGCUACCGCGUCGGCUACGCCCUCGCUCCCAAGAAGGUGAGCAGCUUCAUCCAGCCGUCCCUCCUCGAAUACGCCGCCAGCCACGGCGUCGACCUCGUCUCCGUUGACCCAUCAAAGCCCCUGACCUCACAGGGCCACUUCGAUUGCAUCGUCCACAAAUUCUACGACGACGAUUGGAAGCUCCAGCUCGAGGCCUUCACCGCGGAAAAUCCUGAUUCGGUGAUCGUCGAUCCGCUCGAGGCCGUGGAGAAGCUCCACAAUCGCGUCUCCAUGCUCGAGGUGGUGAGCAAGCUGAAGCUCGAUCGGAAGGAGAGGGCUGAGAUUCCUCGACAGGUGGUGGUCUCGGAUUCCGCCGAGCUGAAACAGAGCACGGCGGUGAAGGAACUAGGGUUUCCGUUAAUCGCCAAGCCGAUGGUGGCCAACGGGACGAUUCUGUCUCACAAGAUGUAUCUGAUCUUCGAUCGGGAAGGAUUGGCUGAGCUGGAGGAAGCGCCGGUGGUGAUACAGGAGUUCGUGAACCACGGCGGCGUGAUCUUCAAAGUCUACGUCGCCGGCGGCCAGGUUCAGUGCGUGAAGAGGAAGUCGUUGCCGGACAUUCCGGAGGAUAAAUUGGGGACGGCCCCUUUGAAGGGCUCCCUCCCUUUCGCUCAGAUCUCCAAUCUGGCCGAUGGUGAUGUCGACGCUAGCGAGAUUGAGUUCGCGGGUGUCGAGAUGCCGCCGGAAGGGUUUGUAGAGGAAGUUGCUAGCGGAUUGAAGGAGGCAAUGGGGCUGCAUUUGUUCAACUUUGAUGUGAUUAGGGAUGGUAGAGAUGGGAAUAGGUACCUCGUGAUUGACAUUAACUACUUCCCUGGGUAUGCUAAGAUGCCGAACUACGAGCCGAUUCUGACUGGUUUCUUCUUGGAUCUCUUGGGAGAGAAGAAGGAAGGCGGUGAGAAGGGUGUCAAGGAAGCAAGCGAUCGAGACAUUGUAGGUUAACAAGGGUUAUUGAAAGUUUGUUUCUUUCUCUGUUUUUCUAAAUGUUGUUCAAGGUUUGGGAUGGUGGGAAGGAAAGCUUGAUUCCAUAUGUUUGAUGCUUAUGUUGUGCAGUAGCUUUCCUAGCUAGUCAAAGGACCUUUUGUUAUGUAACUGUAACAGUAAUAACGGUUGCUGUUUGUG